AUGUUCUCCCAAACCUUCCGUCGUGCCGCAGCUCAGUCUGUCCGGUCUCCCCUCGCCGGAAAGUACUCCGUCGCUCCUCACGUCGCCGGUUUCACCGUCGGCUCUGCCACUACGAUCGGAUCCAUCGCCGCUACCUUCGGUGUCAGCGCUGGUGUCUUCGCCCUCUUCUUCUUCGGCGAGGUCCCUCGUGUCCGCAAGGACAUUCUCCAGCAACUCCCCUUCUUCGACACCUACCUUGACCGAACCGUUGCUCCUGAGGACAACCCUUUCUAA